GGAUGACUAGUCCUCUUCCAAACGAUUCAUGAGACUGAUUUUUUGUUUUUUGUCAUUUUUAAAAUUUUAUUUUAAGAACCAAUGGGCCAAUCUCCAUUUGGAGUAUGAUUGAGGAAAAGUAGAGUCACACAUUACGUUGCUGCAGUUUCUUUGGCUUAGUGGGAAAGGGGUGUGAGCAGCUUGAUGCCAGCUAAAAUUGUGGAAGGCAGUGGCAAAUACAGGACGCUUUCUCUUAAAGCUGCACUGCAAAUGGACACCUGCUACAAAACUGAGAAAACUUAAGUCAGUGUGGAAUAACAUUGUGUUCUCUGGAGUGACUCAGCAACUGGAUAAGGGUCUACUCAUAGCAUAUGCUUACUUGUACUUUAUCUGCAUGAAGUUUGAGGAGUCAGUCGAAAAGAGAAGCAAUGCCAGGAUUUCAUGAUCCCACGGGCUGCCAAUGUGCCAGCAUGCCAGCGUGCCAGUGUGCCAGCAUGCCAGCGGGUCAGUAUGCCAGUCUGCCAGUGUGCCAGUUUGCCAGCGUGCCAGCAUUCCAGCGUGCCAGUCUGCCAAUGUGCCAGCAUGCCAGCGGAACGUCUCUUUCCAUUAGCUGGCCAGGGCAGAGGAAAUCUAUCAGCAGACAUGCCGCACAGCUAUACCAACCACCAGAAGAAGGCUAAUGGGCCUGCGGUGAAGACGGAGAGGAGAAGCGCUACAGGCAAAAUCAACAGGAGGUCAUGGAAGCUUGGGCUCAUUUCCAGGUCUUUAAUACUGUGCAAUUCCAAAAACAGCGAUGAAGGAUUGAACCCUGAGGAAAAAUACCCUGAUUCAGCUGAAAACAAGAAAGAUGGUGGGAGAGAAAGAUUGGAGAGAAACCCCAGGGUACAGGUGGUGUCCUCAACACACUCUGCUGAACACAAAGCUUGUGACCCACAAAGGACCACAGGAGAACACGAGGACUAUGCCAAGAAGAAUAUGAGGAGAACAUUUUCCAUUGGGGAAAGCAGCAUCUGGAAAUUGUGUGUGGCUACUGGCGAUGAAGGUCUGGGGAUUCAAAUCUCUGCAAAUGGCACCUCUGCAGUACCAAACAGAGGAAUUACUGUUAGCCAUGUGAUGAACGGAGGGGUAGCACACAGAGAUGGUCGACUUCAUCCUGGAGAGGAGCUGCUGACAGUGAAUGGACAAUCUCUGACUGGCCUCUCAAGACAUGAGGCUGAGUCUGUGCUCCAGGCAGCAGCAGGGCUAGUGGAUUUGGUUGUUUCCAACAAGUUAAUGACUUGUCCUGUGGAUGAAAAUAAAGGGUCACUUUUAUGUAACAGAUCUACCUCGGUUUCUGCAUCGCCAUCUACCGACAAGGAAAACCAGCAGCCUCAGGCAAUCAUCACUGAUAAAGAAAAGGCUGGGAACGACAUUCCUCCAAAGAGAGACAUGACUGGGGAGGGAUCCAAUGAGUGUAAUGCAGAAAAAUCUGAUAAUUAUCCCCAGACCAAGUUGUCUUGUAAAAGGACUCAGAGUAAUUCUACCAGUGUCAAUCCCUAUUGGAUUGGAGAUUUAGAUGCCCUUAUCAUUAAAACACCAGAGAUGUAUAAUAGUAACAACACACAGGGAAAUCCAGGUUUCUACAGCAACAGGAAGGCACUCUCCCAGCAGCUGGAGUUUCCUAAUGCAUCUGCCCAGGUUAUUGCAAGACCCACUCCGUCUUUAAGCUCGGCACACUUAGUAAACUUGAGCAGCAGCAUGCAAGCCUUUGUUAUUUCUAAUAUCGUUCUGAUGAAGGGUCAAGGCAAGGGUUUAGGUUUCAGUAUAGUCGGUGGAAAGGACAGCAUGUAUGGACCAAUAGGAAUCUAUGUCAAGACUAUUUUCCCAGGUGGAGCAGCGGCAGCUGAUGGAAGAUUACAAGAAGGAGAUGAAAUACUGGAGUUGAAUGGCAAGUCACUGCAUGGAUUGACCCACGAUGAGGCCCUGAAGAAAUUUAAGCAAACUAAGAAGGGCUUGCUGACGCUGGCUGUGCGGACCAGCCUGCGAAUUGGAGCCUCGACCAGCUCCUCCGGUGUCUCCCACUUGUGCCGCUCGCGCUCGCUCAGCUCCAGCGCCACCAUCAACAGCCGGGGAAGCUGCUCCAGCCCAGUGCUGGCAGACUGCAGCUUCCUAACCAGCCCAGCCAAGCCCAAAGACAGAAUCAUGAUGGAUAUCACUUUGCACAAAGAAUUGCGUGUCGGCCUGGGGAUUGGGCUGUGCUGUGUCCCCUCCAGUGAAGGCUACCCUGGUAUUUACAUCCACACCCUCUCCCCUGGCUCUGUGGCCCACAUGGAUGGAAGACUAAGGGGUGGGGAUGAAAUCGUUGAAAUCAAUGAAACGGUGGUUCACAACAUGACUCUCAAUGAGGUUUACACAGUCCUCAGCCAAUGCCACCCAGGGCCUGUCCAGGUUAUUAUCAGUCGUCACCCGGAUCCGAUGGUUUCAGAACAGCAGCUAAACGAAGCCAUUGCACAAGCUGUUGAAAACAGCAAAUUGAGAAAAGUCAAGGGUCAGUGGAGCAUAGAAGCCCUGAAAAAAAAUGACCCAUGCUCCCAUGGAAAGCAGAAAUGUGAAAAAUGUUUGGAGAGAAGCUUCAUUCAACUGAACAACAGGAGAUCCCAGAAGGUGAUGAUGCGCUCAAGCAGUUACACGAGCUCUGACCACAGAUCACCCUGCUCGAACGGGGGCUCAGGCUUCUCAAACCAGCAAGCAGGCAUGAAAUGCAGGGUGCACAGUGUUGACGUGCCCAUGACAGCUCCACAAAGCACUGUGGCUGGAUCGCCGGGCUGGUCGGUUAUGGAGAACAACCCAUCCCCUCCUCACCAAGACGAUUACAACAUACCUAACAGCAAACAUUGCAGCCAACAAUCUGUAGACUUCAUUAUCAAAACCGCAAGAGUCUCCAAGCCAAAGCCCCCACCGAGGAGGUACUUUAAACAGCAAGAAGAUUCGAAGGAAGAGCAUUUUUCUGACCAUGCCGGUGUGAACGGAGACUCACCCAACGACUGGAAACUUCCUACUACAAAGUGCCAGGAAGCAGGGAGCUUGGUGUCUGAAGGAACUAAAACGGUCCACACUAACACUCUCUGCGUGACUUCAUUAUCACCAGGGGACUCUGGGCACUUCUUUGCAACUGCAAGAGAUAACACUUUACGAGAAAAAGGAAGAAACCAAAGUGUUGGUUCUCCUACAAACCUCUCUACGGGAACUAAAAGGCCAGCAUUAAGAAGACAAGCUCAUGUGGAUCUCUUUGUGGCUCAUCAUACACAGGACCUCUGGGUAAGGAUUUCAAACAGUGCUGAGGGACAAUCAAGCUGUGCCAUCAUGAGUCAGGAGAAUGGGCAGCCGGACCCGAAUGGCUCCUCCGUGCAUGAAGAGGAUGCACCUGAUGAAGCUGCAGCUGUAAAAGAUUCCCUGAAUGUUAAGAAAGGUCCUCCAGUGGCACCAAAGUCGGUUUGGGUUCGCCAGAGCCUGAAACGGUUAAAGAGCGAAAAACAGCCAGCAACAACCAAACCUCAGGACGGGAGCAUACCAGAUCCAAGAAGCACGUUUGGUGUGAGUUUAAGAAAUACUUCGACCAAAUCCAACUUGUCAUUCAAACAGAAAAUUAACUCUUUUGAAACAUUCUCUAGCCCCGAAUCUACCGAAAGAGGAACUAAAAGGAUUGCUCCAUCACUGUCUUUACCCUUGGUAGACAAACCUCCAAGCAGAAGUGACACAACUUCAGCUGUCAACACUGCUUGUCAUGCUGCCAAUAAAACAGCUGAAGUUAGCCCACCUGAUGAAAGCAAGUCAGCAGUAGAGGUGACCAUCCCGGCAGCAGAGCCAGAGGUACCUUCCAGUCUUCCGCCAGUGUCUCCAUUGCCCGGCCCCAGGAGAAGCAGCAGCACAAAAAUUGUGCCCUCCCCUGCAUUGCUGGAACCUGAAGAAAACGUGGUGUUCAAGUCCCCCAGCCAACGGACAAGAAGCUUUCCACUGGCUACCACCCCGUCCUCCGAAACCUGCAACCUGAAGUCCUAUGAUGGAGAAAGCCUCUGUAAAAUUCUCUCAUUCAGUAAUCAAGUAUCGCAUGCGUUAAUGAGGUCAAUGCGUUCCCUUCCUCAGUCCCCAUCCAUCUGGCACAGCAACCCUUGGUCUGCUUCUCCAGGAUUCCCCCAAGCAGCUCCUGAUGAUGACUUGUCCUGGGCCGACAAAACCCCUGGGUCGCCUGCUGCUGACCUGAGCCAUGCUGAGAAGGGAUUUUCUGUCAGCCUGGCAGAGCUCAGAGAAUGCACGAUAGGCAUGGCGGACGAGAAGAGAGAGGACGGGAAGAGGGAGCGCACCUCGUCCCUCUCCUCCUCAGCCUCGGCCCAAUCACUCAUUUCCAUCAUUCCUGCAGAGGAGAUCAAGAAGAUGAUAGAGGAGGUGAAGGCUCUAGAUGAAGAAACGCUGAAGCAAUUUGAAGACAUUCAUGUUGUAAUUUUGCACAAAGAUGAAGGCACCGGGCUGGGAUUCAGUAUUGCUGGUGGGAUAGACCUUGAAAAUAAAGUGACCACAGUACACCGGGUAUUUCCCAACGGACUGGCAUCGCAGGAAGGAACCAUUCAGAAAGGGGAUGAGCUGUUAUCCAUUAAUGGGCAGUCCCUUAAAGACAUGACGCACAGCGAGGGCACAGCCAUUCUCCGGCAGGCGAGGAUGCAGAAGCAGGCCGUCAUCGUUAUUUGCAAGUCAAAGGAGAGUGACACAGGAAAUGACGAGAGCAGUGAAAGCAGCUUGACCACUGUUGAAAAUGCUUGUGUGGCAGUUGCAGAGGAUGUGGGUUUGGAUACAAUCACUGUUGAGCUGGAGAAGAAUGCAGGGGGUGUGGGGUUCAGUUUGGAAGGAGGCAAAGGGUCCAUUCAAGGAGACAAGCCCCUUGUCAUCAACAGAAUUUUUAAAGGGGGCGCUGCUGAACAGAGCUUGGGGAUCCAGCCGGGCGAUGAGUUACUGCAGAUCCAGAGUGCUGCCCUGCAGGGACUGACCCGUUUCGAAGCCUGGAACAUCAUUAAAGCCCUACCAGAGGGUCCCAUCAAAGCUGUUAUCAGAAGAAAAACUGAUGUGAGCAAAUCUGAGGCCACAGCAGAAGAACAAUAAAACAGUUGCAGACAUUCAAGAUUUUAAACAGAGGUGUGUAAGUCAGUCCCUGUCAUGGAAUCAACAGGAAAACGACAUUGUGUGUUAUCAAACAAAGCCCAAAAAUGCUCGUUUUCCAAUCACAGGGCAGCUAUGAAGGCCACCUUGCGCUACAUCCGUGUAAAAACUGUUCAACGCAGAGAAACAAAACCUGGUAGAGACACCAGACAAUGGACAUUAGGAGUGUCAUUGUUCAUUUAAUUUAAAUGUUUCCAGAGUGUUGACCCCAGUGAACAAUAGUAACAAUGACACUUCCAGUAUAAUGGUACAGCAUUCCUGGUGGUAGCCUUAAUAGAUUGUUGCCACUUGAGUAUAAGGCUACCAAAAUUAUACAAUGGCCUGGUUUCACUUAGCUGUUUAUUCCAAAUCAUUAGCACAGGUCUUGUCUGAAAGGAAGUGCGUGUGUGUAUAUAUAUAUAUAUAUAUAUACGCACACACACACACACACACGUGUAUAUAUAUAUACACACACAC